GCUAAGGUGACGAGUCUGGUGCUGACGGCUGAGGGGAUGCCGGACCUGGAGGUGCCGGUGGUGCGCACUGGAGAGGGACAGCUGCGAGUUGUGAGCGUGUGGAAGGACAAGGUCGAGGCUGUGGACCAGGGAGACGCAGCGGCAGAGUGGCUGGACACUUUCUUAGGCGAAGAGAAGCGCGGGUUUCGACUGGUGCGAGUGCGCGACGGGUUCACGCGCCACACCAAGCCCAAGUACGCGCCCGGACACGCGACAAACUUCGCCGACGCUUUCCCGUUCCUCCUCGCCCUGGAGGAAUCGCUCGAGCAGUUCAACACGACGCUCAAGACGCCGGUGCCGAUGAACCGCUUCCGUCCAAACAUCGUCCUGCGCGGCAGCCCGGCGUUCGCUGAUGAGCAGUGGAACUGCAUCACCAUCGACGGCCUCCAGUUCCGCAAUGUGCGUCCGUGCGCGCGUUGCGGCAUGCCAAGCGUGGACCAAGUAACCGGUGAAGUCCACCCGGAGCGCGAGCCGUCUCGCGCCAUCGUGCGGGAGCGCAAUGGCGCUCUGCUGGGUUUUACCGACGGCAAGAGUUUCGAGGGAUACUUCGGCUCCAACAUGGUGCUCGAGGUGAAGGAUGAUAGAGCAAACCCUCCUCGUCUGGCCGUUGGCGCGAACGUGAAGGUGCUCACAUUGAAGACUGAGAUUGUGGCCUGA